UGAUAAGUCUUCCCUCUCUUCUCUCUCUCUCUCUCUCUCUCUCUGCGCGUAGCCGGGAAAGCUUUCAACAUUCUGUGCUCGAAAAAUUAGGGUUUUUUGUUUGAUCUUGAGAUAAGCAUACAAUUUCCUGAUAUAUGAUCUGUAUUGGCUGGAAUUGUAAAAUUGAGCAUCUACUGAAGCAGCUUCAGCGUAUCUAGGGCUUGAUCAUUCGUUCUGUAAACUAUGAUAUCGAUGAUCAUUUCCCAAAAGAUUGUUUCUUGAUAUGAUUUUUAUCCUUUCGAUCAAACCUGCUUCGUAUAAGUUGCGUCUUUGGUGAAGUUACUUUGGAGUUUUACAUUGGCAGCAUGAGACAGUUAGAGUUGUUGUUGUAAACCUUCGUACUUAAGGGUCUACAAUUUACAUAUGGAUUUGCAUGCACAAAUGUCAGGACAAAUCUCCGGGCAGGUAUCCAAUCAAGGCGGUACUCAGUUGUCUGGGCUAUCUCAACACAAUGGUGGGUCUCUUCCUAAUCAGAUGCAGAACUUGGGUGGGCAUCGUAGUACACCGGCAGAGGAUCAAGAGACUUUUAAAAUGCGCAAAUAUAUGCUCGAUAAGAUCUAUCAAAUGGUAAUGCAGCGACAACAAUCAAAUCAGGAGAUACAAUCCAAGAAGAUACAAGAUAUUGUAAAACGCUUGGAGGAGGGUCUAUUCAGAACUGCCACUACCAAGGAGGAAUAUAUGAACUUGGAUACAUUAGAGACUCGCUUGCAUGGCCUGAUAAAACGUUCUCCUAUGAAUAAUCAUAACCAACAAUAUUCACAAGUGGUCAAUUCUUCUUCUUCUUCUCCUUCUUCUGUUGGAACAAUGAUUCCAACUCCUGUUAUGCCUCAAAGCAGCAAUCCAAACAUGAUGGCAGCAUCAUCCAUGAACUCUUCCAUGGCUGCCAAUGGAGGCAAUGGCAUUGGUGCAUCUGUCAGCAAUGGAAAUGCAUUGUCAUCUGGGUCUUUGUCUAAUAUGUAUCAACAGUCUUCUUCAAAGUUCUCUAUGAAUCCCAGUUCGAACAUGUUACAACCAUCAACUGGUUUGCAAAGAAUGUCAAGUCAGAUGAUCCCUACACCAGGAUUUAAUACCCAGUCAUCCGUGAAGUUGGAUUCUAACAAUGGUGCUAGUGGAUUUUCAAAUGCUGAAUCAGCACAACAAAAACAUGUUGGUGGUCAGAACAGCCGUAUACUGCAGAAUCUUGGCACCCAUUUUGGUUCUGGUAUGAGGUCUGUUGUGCCGCAAAAAUCUUAUGGGUUCCCUAAUGGGGCUUUAGGGGGUGGCUUUGGUACAGUAGGAAAUAAUAUGCAACCAGUAAAUGCUCCUGGAACUUCUGAAGGCUACUCAAAUGCCACACCUUAUGGUUCUUUGUCAAAGCAAAUGCAACAACAACACUAUGAUCAGUCUCAAAGGUCCAUGAUGCUAGGUACUAUAGGUGAUGGGAAUGGGAUUGACAUUGCCGAUGCUUCUGGGUCAACUAACCUUUAUGGUUCCAUGCCCAAUGAUACCUCGAUGAUGAAUAAUCACAAUUUGAAUCCAGCCACUUUGCCAACAGUUUCCAGAACCACUUCCUCUCUGUUGGGAAGUCAGUCCAAUUUGCAGACUCUUCAACAGUCUGCAAAAUCUAAUUCAAUUGAUCAAUCCAAUAAGAUGAAUUUCCAAAGCCAGCAAAUGAUGCAAGAUAACAUCUUACAAUCACAGCAACGCCAACAAUUUCAGCAGCAGCAGCCUAAUCAGUUUCAACAUCAACAAUUCAUCCCGCACCAACAACAGAGGCAACAAAAUCAGCAGCGCCAUAUUUUAUUGAGAAAUGAUAGUUUUGGCCAAUCUCACAUAACAUCUAAUGUAGGAAGCCAACUAAAUGCUGAUCAUUCAGGGUUGGGGUUUGGUGAUGAAAUUUUGCAAACACGAGUCUCAAACCAGUUGCAGCAUUCUGAUUUACAGAGCCAACACCAGCAAAGUUUUCCUGAAGAUUAUGCUGGAGGCUCUCACUCUCAGUUCCUUUCCAUCCCAUCAGUCUCAUCCAUGGGUCAACAGAUGCAACAGGUCCUGCAGCCACAACAAAUGGUUGCUGAGUCUCAGAAUGGUUUUACCACCCUUUCAAAUGGAAUACGGUCUGAUGUUUUGCUAACUGGCCAACGCCAGUCUAGGUCUGAAGAGAGUUCUCAAAUACCUGGGAAUUCGUCACAUGAGCAAAAUGUCCAAGAAGAUUUCCGUAGAAGGAUAAUUCAAGGAGAAGCUCAUCUCAAUUAUAUAGCUUCAGAAGGAAACCAAACCCUUUCUACUAGAACCGUAGAUCCCCCUGACUCACUUGGUGCCACAUUUCAACCUGGAAAUAUAAACCGUGAUCAGGAUUUCAGGAACCAACAGAGAUGGCUAUUGUUUCUGAGGCAUGCUCGUGGAUGCAAGUCUCCAGAAGGGAAAUGCCCUGAAGGUUACUGCAUAGUGGCUCAGAAACUCUGUAGGCACAUCGCCACGUGCAACAACUCCCAAUGUGUUUUUCCACGCUGCCUUGGUUCCAAGAAGUUGAUCGAUCAUUAUAAGCAGUGUAAGGACCCGGAUUGUCCUGUUUGUAUUCCGGUAAAGAGAUUUUUGGGAAUGCACCUAAAACCUCUGGCACAUCCAGAUGUGAAUUCUGAAGUGCAACGUUCAGUUGGUGGGCUUAGCAAACCCUCUAGUGGUGGAAAUGCUGCAAAUAGUUCAUUUUUGAAGCCAGCUCCACCAUUUGAUGAUGCUUCUGAAGAUAGCCAACCUUCUACAAAACGCAUGAAGAGUGAGCAGGUCUCUCAGUCAUUUAUUCCAGAUGGUGAAAGUUUUGUUGCAUCAGGACCUUUACGUGGAGAUUCUAAUCCAAAACAUGGUCUAGAUCAACCAACUAGUAAUACUUGCAUGCCAAUGAAACCUGAGGGGUCUGGAUUGAAGAUGGAAAUUCCUGCAAAUGCUGGGCAGGUUAGUACAGCACUUUACGACACAAAGAAGGAUACCAUGGAUGAUAUCUACUGCCAGAAGCCUGCUGGUGAUCCUGUUAUGAUAAAUAAUCUUGUUCAGCCUGCUGAACAAGAAAACAUUCUAUGUGAGAAAGAUGUGGGCCAGCAGAAAAAAGAGAUCGGAUCAUUGCCUACUGAAGAAGCCAUUGCCACCAAAUCUGGGAAGCCAAAGAUAAAGGCGGUAUCUUUGACUGAACUCUUUACACCAGAACAAGUAAGGGAGCACAUAAGAGGACUUAGGCAGUGGGUUGGCCAGAGCAAAUCGAAGGUGGAAAAGAAUCAAGCAAUGGGACAUUCUAUGAGCGAGAAUUCUUGUCAGUUGUGUGCAGUUGAGAAGCUCACCUUUGAGCCACCACCUAUGUAUUGCACGCCUUGUGGUGCUCGUAUUAAGAGAAAUGCUAUGUACUACACUGUGGGAGCUAGUGAUACACGCCACUAUUUCUGCACUGCUUGCUAUAAUGAAUCUCGUGGGGAAACCAUAAUGGCUGAUGGACAUUCUGUUUCUAAGUCAAAAUUGGAGAAAAAGAAGAAUGAUGAAGAUACGGAAGAAUGGUGGGUUCAAUGUGAUAACUGUGAAGCAUGGCAGCAUCAAAUCUGUACUCUGUUCAAUGGCCGUAGAAAUGAUGGCGGACAAGCUGAAUACACUUGCCCUAAUUGCUACAUGAUUGAAGUUGAAAGGGGAGAACGCAUGCCAUUACCCGAGUCUUCUGUUCUAGGGGCAAAAGAUUUGCCAAAGACAAUCCUUAGUGACCAUAUAGAACAGAGGUUAUUUAGACGGCUGAAGCAAGAAAGGCAGGAGAGGGCAAAGGUCCAAGGAAAAAGUUACGAUGAGGUUCCUAGUGCUGAAGCACUAGUAGUGAGAGUGGUGUCAUCAGUUGAUAAAAAGUUGGAAGUCAAGCCACGCUUUCUUGAAAAUUUUCAAGAAGAAAAUUACCCAACAGAGUUCCCAUACAAAUCUAAGGUUGUAUUGUUGUUUCAGAAAAUUGAAGGGGUGGAAGUAUGCCUCUUUGGCAUGUACGUGCAAGAAUUUGGAUCUGAGUGUGAACAGCCAAAUCACCGUCGAGUUUACCUCUCGUAUCUGGAUUCUGUUAAGUAUUUCAGGCCUGAUGUCAGGACAGUGACAGGAGAGGCUCUUCGUACAUUUGUUUACCAUGAAAUUCUGAUUGGGUAUCUAGAAUAUUGCAAGAAACGUGGUUUCACUAGUUGCUAUAUCUGGGCAUGCCCUCCACUAAAGGGUGAAGACUAUAUUUUAUACUGCCAUCCUGAAAUUCAGAAAACACCAAAAUCUGAUAAACUGAGGGAAUGGUACUUAUCCAUGUUGAGGAAAGCAAUGAAAGAAAAUAUUGUUUCUGAACUCACUAAUUUAUAUGAACAUUUCUUCAUAACCACCGGUGAGUCCAAGGCUAGAGUUACUGCAGCUCGAUUACCUUACUUUGAUGGAGAUUACUGGCCUGGUGCGGCAGAGGAUAUGAUCUACCAGAUUCGUCAAGAAGAGGAGGGCAAAAGUUCGUAUAAUAAGAAAGGAAUAAUGAAGAAGCCCAUUACGAAAAGAGCUCUGAAAGCAUCUGGACAGUCCAGUCUUUCUGGCAAUGCAUCAAAAGAUGUGAUACUAAUGCAUAAACUUGGUGAAACGAUUUCUCCAAUGAAGGAAGACUUUAUCAUGGUUCAUUUGCAGCCUUCAUGCUCGCAUUGCUGCAUUCUAAUGAUAAUUGGGAACAGUUGGGUUUGCAAUCAAUGCAAAAAAUUUCAGAUCUGUGACAAAUGCUAUGUAGCUGAGCAAAAUCGUGAAGAUAGAGACAGACAUCCUAUUAAUCACAGAGAUGUACACAUACUUCAUCCAGUUGAAAUCACCGGUGUACCUGAAGAUACUACUGAUAAAGAUGAGAUUCUAGAGAGUGAAUUCUUUGAUACAAGACAGGCCUUUUUGAGUCUUUGCCAAGGAAAUCACUAUCAGUAUGAUACCUUGCGGCGAGCCAAACAUUCAUCCAUGAUGGUCCUUUACCAUCUUCACAAUCCUACAGCUCCUGCUUUUGUGAUGACAUGUAAUGUGUGUUUUCUGGAUAUAGAAGCUGGCCAGGGAUGGCGUUGUGAAGUUUGCCCUGAAUAUGAUGUCUGUAAUGCCUGUUAUCAAAAGGGAGAAAUAAAUCAUCCCCAUACGCUAACGAAUUAUCCAUCUUUGGCUGAUCGCGAUGCACAAAGCAAAGAAGCUAGGCAACUUCGUGUCUUGCAGUUAAAAAAGAUGCUUGAGCUUUUGGUGCAUGCAUCUCAAUGCCGGUCUACACAUUGUCAGUAUCCAAAUUGUCGUAAAGUAAAAGGACUUUUCCGACAUGGAAUACAAUGCAAAAUUCGAGCUGGUGGUGGUUGCCUACUCUGUAAGAGAAUGUGGUACUUGCUUCAACUUCAUGCCCGUGCCUGUAAGGUUUCAGAAUGUCACGUACCCCGCUGCAGAGAUUUGAAAACCCAUAUUAAGAGGUCCCAACAACAAUCAGAUUCCAGAAGAAGGGCUGCGGUUAUGGAGAUGAUGAGGCAACGAACGGCUGAGGUAACUGGAAAUGCCUGACGACGAAGAAGAACCGACAUGUACAUACAAAAAUUAUACAUGUUUGUUUUUAGGAUGGUUGAACAAGAUAUCUUCUUGUAUCUUUCAUCCAUUUUUCUUUAAAUAUACCAGUUUUGGUAAGCCCCCUUUGGGCUUACAAGAUCAUAUUGGAUGGAGAUCGGAAUAAACCAAGGUCUCGGCCAUUGGAAAAUUCUUUCAUUGUUAUCUCCUACAUCUAUACUCUUCCCCUCCUUCCCCCCCAGGUUUUCCAACUUCUUUCACUGUACUAUAUGUGGAUUAAACUGACCUCCUCCCCCCCUCCAUUCUUUCUUUUUCUAUUGUUACUAUUAUGUUGGAGUUCUUGGAAAACUUCUUUGUAUGACAUGUUUAUUUAAAAAUUGAACUUUAUUCAUUUGUUUGU